UUCAGAUAUGAUCAUAUGGAGGCAGGUCUUGAUCAAGACAUUGACGACAGAAACAAAAAACAGAGAGAAAUGGAGCGUAGAGAACGUGACAGAAAAGAGCUAGAUGAUUUGUUACGCGAUUCCAACGAAGAUGUGAGUGACACAACAAUACAGGAAAUUUCUCUGUCGUGUAAGAUCCCCACGUCCAAAAUGAGGCGCGCGGAAGCAGCUCGUUCUCGUUAUCAGCGUAUGAGUGAAGCAGAGAGAAAGAUAUAUAAUCAGAGGCGAAGACUACGCGCUCUAGGGCUUGAUCCUGACACUCCGAAAGGUCAAUUUAUUGACAAUGAAGCGAUUCGAGAGCAUAUUAAGAUGGCAAACGCGAAAAAAGCCGAAGCAGCAAGGCUUAGAUAUCAUCGUAUGACUGCAGAAGAAAGGCGUGAGUAUAACCAAAGGCGUACGGAGUCCUUUCGUAAACGUCGGAUUGAAGAAGAAAUUUUACUCUCAACGCCAGCUGGCCGAAUUUCCGCUGAAGCUCUGCAAAAGGUUGGGUAUUCUUCUUACCAUUGUGAUGAAAAUAACAAGUGUACAGCAUUUCAGGCGCAACAGAUCAUGAUAAGAAACGCUCGCAAAGCUGAAGCAGCUCGAGCGCGAUAUCAGAAAAUGACACCUGAGCAACGAAAGGUUCCAAAUUCAAUAAAUUGUGUAUGUAACCUUUGUGCAUCAUGUCUUUCGUUUAGGAGUACAAUAUGCGGCGAGCCCAAGCCAAAAAACUACGCGCAUUAG